AUGGCGGCAGCAGCGGCAGGAGCAGCGGCAGCGGCUGCGCCAGCAUCCUCGUCGGCUACAUUGAUGGAUCAACACGCUAGCAGCUCUGGCUGCUCCUGCUCCUUCUGCCGCCAUAGCUGCUGCUGCGCUGGCGGAUUAUCGGAGGACAAGGCGCGAUUGGCAGCGGCGCUCAUCGCCGCGCGCUCCGGCAAUCACACCAGCGCAAUAGCGUCAUUGGUUUUGUUCGCGGCAUCGGUCGGAGUCAUCCUCGCUAAGCUAGGGUCUUCGUCUUCCAAGGCGCCGCUGGAUCGUCGGGCGAGAGGUCAGAUGCAUUUCUUUCAUAGGAGGAGGCACUAUCAUCUAGGCCAGGUCGUGAAGAGGAAGUCCCGCUGGGAAUGGAGGCCGGUUACUCGCCGAUCCACCGGGUCCCAGACAGUACAGUUCGAUCUAGCCGCCAUUUCAUCCUCCCUCUCGCAAUCCCCCGCGAAGUUUUCUCCCAGUCCCAUGGUCGUAGAGGCAUCGUCUCAGAUCCCCGAAGAGCCCUGUAUCGCUUCCUUGGUAGAUUUCCCUGGCCUUUCCCGCGAGUUAAUGGUAGUAGAAGACGCCCGUCCUCCGGCGCCACCUCGUUCUAGCGAAGACGUCAAGGAUCUCGUCGCUGUUGGAUUGAAGCUGGCUCCACUUCCAAUGGUGGAACUUCUCAGGACAGAUUCUGGCAACGACGCUUCCACCAGCAACGUGACACAUGGUGAUCAGGAACAGGAAGAACAGCAGCAAACUAUGAAUCGAAAGCAGCGAAAGCACUUGAAGAAGAAACAGAAGAAGCUCGUCGCUGCCUCGCGGACUUUCCAGAUUAGCUCGCUGCCGGUGCUCAAGUCAUGGAAAUCCAGCAGCUCACCGCCGCCGCCACCUUCAAGGAAGCUAGUUGCUGCCACCACCCCAUGCAAGAUCUACGACUGUGCCAACAAAAAUUUCGGCCCUCUCGGCUCCUCGUCUUCGAAAGCCAUCGCCUGGACGUACUCCCUCUCAAAGCCUUCCGCCAGGGUCAGUAGCUCUGCUUCCUCUGCGCCACCUUUGCAGCCACAGCCGACUUUCCAAGCGGCAGCGGUGGAAACGAAGGUCGUCCACGAAAUCAGCGAGAUAAGCGAGUCUCCAAAAUCUUACCUGGGGGACUGGACGGACAGUGAGAGCUCCAAGAGAUCAAACUCGGACCCGGAAGAAAUCGAGUUACCGUCCCUCGACUUCGAGUUUGAAGAGGACUCGGAAGAUUACACCUUCCAGCCUAGUGUCCCCAGCCACUAA